AUGGAUUACAACAUGGAGGAUAGCCAGAACUCAGCUCCCGGCAGUGUCCAGGCCGCCAAGCUUAACUCUGGUCACAAGGGCCCUGACUCUCAGAGCACAACCAAGAGACUGCAGACUGAGUUGAUGCAACUCAUGACGUCGCCCGCUCCCGGCGUCUCUGCCUUCCCCUCUGCGGAUGGAAACCUCCUCUCUUGGACUGCCACCAUCGAGGGUCCCGACGAUACUCCUUACGCUGGCUUGACCUUCAAGCUCAGCUUUGCAUUCCCCUCCAACUACCCUUACGCCGCUCCUACGGUGCUCUUCAAGACACCCAUCUAUCAUCCUAAUGUCGACUUCUCCGGCCGUAUUUGCUUGGACAUUCUCAAGGACAAAUGGACCGCUGCUUACAACAUCCAAACUGUCCUGCUGAGUCUGCAGAGCUUGCUCGGUGAGCCCAACAACGCCUCUCCUCUCAAUGGUGAGGCUGCCGAGCUUUGGGACAAGGACACCGAGGAGUUUCAGAAGAAGGUGCUGGCACGUCACCGGGAUGUUGAGGACGAGUAA